GCCGCUUCCGGUGCGGGCCCCGCCCCGGCUGUGGCCCCCGGCUGCGGAGAAGUCCGAAACGCAGCUGCCGCGCCGGGCCCUGAGUGGCUGCCUCUUCCACCGCUGGCGGACCCGGAGCGCCCCGUACAGAGGUUUACACCCAGUGUGCCUGCCGGGCUGUGCCCAGGUUCAGAGCCAUGCCAAUCGGUGGGUGAAGCUUGAGGCAGUGAUGGAGCCACUGCAGCCUCAGCAGAAGCAGCAGCCGCCGCAGCAGCAGCCACCGCCGCCGCCACAGCCACCACACCUGGCUCCUCUGCAGAUGGAUGCCAGAGAGAAGCAGGUUCAGCAGAUGAGAGAAACCCCGUUCUUGUAUGCCCAGAAGCUGGUCACACAGCAGACUCACCUUUCUGCCACACCUGGGAGGCCUUCUGGCAGCCCUGCCCUGGGUCCCUUAGCCAGAGUUCCACCAGCCCCAGCAGUGGCCCGAGUGUUUGAACGGAGCAAGGUGAACUCAGAGCCUGAGAAAGAGGAAGGAGGUUUGGAAGAUGAGGAUGGGGAUGAUGAAGUUGCAGAGGUGGCUGAGAAAGAGACCCAGGCUGCUUCAAAAUAUUUUCACGUGCAGAAGGUGGCUCGCCAAGACCCCAGAGCCGCACCCGUAUCUGGUCUGCUUCCAGCGCCAGGGCUCCCACCACAUGGACAGCAAGCUAAAGAAGACCAUACCAAAGAUGCUCCUAAGGCCUCAGCUUCAGUCUCCACAGCAGGGCAGCCGGGCUGGAAUCUGGAUGAGCAGCUCAAGCAGAAUGGUGGUUUGGCCUGGAGUGAUGAUGCAGAUGGAGGCCGGGGAAGAGAGAUCUCCCGUGAUUUUGCCAAGCUGUAUGAACUGGACAGUGAUCCAGAAAGGAAAGAGUUCCUGGAUGACCUCUUCGUCUUUAUGCAGAAGAGAGGGACCCCCAUCAACCGAAUCCCCAUCAUGGCCAAGCAGAUCCUGGACCUGUAUAUGCUGUAUAAGCUGGUGACGGAGAAGGGGGGCCUGGUGGAGAUCAUCAACAAGAAGAUCUGGAGGGAGAUCACCAAAGGCCUGAACCUGCCCACGUCCAUCACCAGCGCCGCCUUCACCCUGAGGACCCAGUAUAUGAAGUAUCUCUAUGCCUACGAGUGCGAGAAGAAAGCCUUGAGCUCCCCGGCCGAGCUCCAGGCAGCCAUUGAUGGCAACCGGAGGGAGGGCCGCCGGCCCAGCUACAGCUCCUCCCUCUUUGGCUACUCGCCCGCUGCUGCCUCUGCCUCUGCCGCUGCCGCUGGGGCCCCUGCCCUCCUCUCCCCACCCAAGAUCCGCUUCCCCAUCCUCGGGCUGGGCUCCGGCAGUGGCACCAAUGCCAGUGGCCCUCGGAUAUCCCCAGCAACCACUCUCAGGAAAGGUGAUGGAGUCCCAGUGACAACCGUGCCCGUGCCAAAUCGCCUGGCUGUGCCUGUGACCUUGGCCAGCCAGCAGGCCGGUACCCGGACGGCCACGCUGGAGCAGCUGCGGGAGCGGCUGGAGUCGGGGGAGCCGCCUGAGAAGAAGGCGUCCAGGCUGUCAGAGGAGGAGCAGCGCCUGGUGCAGCAGGCCUUCCAGCGCAACUUCUUCAGCAUGGCACGGCAGCUGCCCAUGAAGAUCAGGAUCAAUGGCAGGGCAGAGGACAGAGCAGAGGCCUCGGCUGCAGCAGUGAACCUGACCACGAGCAGCAUUGGGAGCAUCAACAUGUCUGUGGACAUCGACGGCACCACUUACGCAGGUGUGCUGUUUGCCCAGAAACCUGUGGUCCACCUCAUCGCAGGAUCCGCUCCCCAGAGCAUCGGCAGCAGCGCCAGCAGCAGCAGCAGUUCUCACUGCUCGCCAAGUCCUACCUCGUCCCGGGGCACCCCCAGUGCAGAGCCCUCCACCAGCUGGUCCCUCUGAGGGGCAGGACCCAGCUCCCAACUCCCUCCACCCUCCCAUCGAGAGUGGAGGAAGCUGAUGCACAGAAUUUACCUCAUCUCAUGGAGCCCACAUCAAACACCAUUUGGCCAGAUGUUGAGAGUUUGGACCUGUCCGUCUGUCCAGGCUCCAUCAGGUCCUGCUGUACUCUAGAGGCAAGGAGAGGCUGGAGGGGCCUGACAGGGCAGCGUUGUCCAAUCAGGGAUUGUCCUGGAGAACUGGGCGGGGUCUGUGGGCGUCCAGCUUCCUCCAGGGCUCCCAGGCCACCUCCCAUCCCGGGCACAGUGUAUUGACAAUCUGUAAGCUGACACAGGGCUGGAGGCCCUCCACAUCCCUUCCCCUUUAAUUUAUUUCCCUUCCCCUGCCUUCUGCCGUGACCCCAGGGUCACUGGUCUCUUCCCCUGCUCAGUCCCCCAAUCUUUGACUCCAGUGUGGGGCUGCUAGGAGCCAAGAGCAUGUCUUUGUGGCCCUUCUCUGCUGAGCAUGGCAUGGGGUCCUCCCAACCCACCUUGCCUCCCAUGUUUGGUUCUUGGGGUGUGGGUCUCUCAAAUUCAAGUCUUGAAGCAGUCCUCAGGGCCCCAUAUCCCCCUUUUAAUGGUCCCAAGACAGGGAUCAUGAGGGCAGUCCUCAGGACCCAGGGCCUGCUGGGCAUCUGCUGAGGGAGAGGCAGAGCCUCAGGGGCUGCCCAGGCAGGCCCUGGCACCCACUCCACUGACCCUUUUCUGACCCUGCCAGACCUCACGUCCCCACUCAUCCCUGUUGGCCAGCUCUCCCAGAAAACAGCCCACUUGUCCCUUGGGCCCCUCUUCUUCUCAUGGGGCCCAAACCUGCCAAUGUCAGGUUCAUUGAAAUACCUCAGAUUUGUAACUGUUGAUGUUUGAUUCUUCAGGAAGUAUUUGCAUCUCUGAAAUCUUUUUUAUAUGUGUUUGCUGACUUUUGUGUUUUUUUUUACUUUAAAAUUUUUAUUGUUGUUAUUGUAGCACCAAAGAAAUGAAAGCAGAUCACCCCAAAAGCCGAGCAAAUGAUUUGGUUCCCCAGCCCCUCCGGCCCUUCCCUAAGACCCCAGUGAGGGUGCGAGCGAGGCAGCAGGAGAGACGACUCAGGGAUCACAGUGGCAGGAGGAGGUGGAACGGAGAGGCCCGCUCUCACGCAGGUUGGAUCGUGAAACCACACCGGUUCUCAAGAUGGCCCUUGACCCAUUUCCCACCAGAGCAGGGCAGUCCCAAACCCCAGCGCCCAGUUCACCAGGGUGGGGGCAGGGCAUCUUUCCUUCACUCAACAUUCCCACCUCAGGGCAGGAGUGGGCUGUGGAGGCCAUGGACCUUGGAGAAGUUGAGCUGCCCCAGAGGGUGAGGAGAUGCUGAAAGAGCUCUGUCUCUCCUCUUGGACCCUGGGGUGGAGUGGGCUGUUCCUGUGUCCUAAAGAAGAGGUGAUUCUCACACAAGGCUCGCCUCUCAAUCGAGUAAGCCCUGCAGUGUUCAGUGGAACCCCACCUGCUGUGACAUCAUCGCGCUGUGGUGGUGGGAGACCAUGGUGGCACAAGCCCACGCACGACUAACACUCAGUCCAUCUAGGAAAGGAAAGGGAAAUCAUACGCUUGAGCACGAAACACAUACCUCAGCCCAGUGAGCUGCAGCUGCACUGACUGCAUCUUCUCUCCCUUCCCUAGCCCUCCACACUGUCUCACACUCACACAUACUCACACACACAGCCCCAUCCAUUGGGGGCUGACCCUCUCCUGGCCUCACCAGGCCGGCGCAGGGCCUGGCAGAGAAGGGCGUCUGAGGUCCGUGUCAGGGAGGAGCCCGGUUGGCUGGCGCUGGGCCCACUUGAAGGCAUCGCAGACUUUUGGCCAGUGUGUCUUUCUCAGGGCUUUGGUCACAAAGGAUGGACUCUUCCCACCUGGAGGACACAGGGGUGGUGCACUGUGUCUUCCUGGUUGUUGGAUCCUCUCCCUUUCCUCAGGCAGCUUGCCCAGCUUGCCCUCUCAGCAAGCCCUCGCUGCCCUCAAGGGCAACAGCAGGGUCUCAGCCUGAAAGCCCGAGGGUGGGAGCGCCGGCAGCUGCCCCCAGAAUGGGGCCCUGGGCCAAGAGGAGCUCUCCUGACGGUGCAGCCCUGAGGUCACAUGGCAGCCAUUGGCCAGGGCCGCUCCGUCCCCUCCCCCUCCCCAUCUUACUUGUAUUUAACCAGGAAAAAAUGUGAUAGCACAUGGGUAGCCUAGGCAGUGGAUAAAUACCUCAGAAGUCCUCUUGCAGCAAGUGUCUGUAUAUGUUGUGGUCAUUUUCUAUCUUACAUGUUCUCGAAUGUUUAUAUUUCAAUAAACCUCUACCUCUUCACACAA